CUGACUCAAAGUCGCGAGUCACAAAAAUGGCGAACGUGGUGCUGGAGUUCAAGUCGUCUGCCGGUGACUCGGAGCCACAGAGUCGCCCUGUCCUGAUUCUGGGGCAACAGACGAACCUCCAACAAUUAAACUGGAGUCAAGUCAAAGGAAAACUGCAGCCGGUCGUUAACAAAGAGAUCUGGCAGGCGGCUCUCAGUUCUCUGAACCCAAACCCUACGGAUAGCUGCCCCCUUUACCUGAACCAGGCUGUGGUGGCUGCUCUCCCUUCACGAGUCAGCAGGCACAACAGUCCUUCCUCUGCCCACUUUGUGUCUCGUCUGAUCCGAUCCUGCCUCUCUGGAGGGAACAACCGCAGCAUUGUGAUGGUGUGCGAGCGUUCAGAUGUGUUCGCGUCCUCUUGUGCCAUCGCCAGGGCCUUCCCCAUCUUCUCCCGCCGCUCUGCUUCGAUUCGCAGGACUGAGAAGAAGCGUGUGACAGUGGAGUUUAUAAUUGUCGGUCCUGACAGCAGUCCUCUGGAUGCUGCAGAACUCAAGUGCCUGUCCAACGCUGCUGAUGGUGUGCGGCUGGCAGCUCGCAUUGUGGACACUCCGUGCAAUGAGAUGAACACGGACCUCUUCUUAGAUGAAAUAAAAACUGUCMGUGCUGAACUUGGAAUCACUCCAGUCAUCAUUUGUGGAGAGGAGCUGAAACAAAAAGGCUUUGGAGGGAUUUAUGGUGUUGGAAAGGCAGCAGAACAUCCUCCUGCUCUGGCAGUUUUGAGCCACAUGCCUGAAGGUGCAACACAAACCAUCGCGUGGGUGGGCAAAGGCAUCGUAUACGACACCGGAGGACUCAGCAUCAAGGGAAAGACCACCAUGCCUGGCAUGAAGAGGGACUGUGGAGGAGCUGCUGCCAUUUUAGGAGCUUUCAAGGCUACUAUCAAACAGGGCUUUAAGGAUAACCUCCAUGCCGUGUUUUGUCUCGCUGAGAACUCUGUGGGACCCACUGCCACUCGACCUGAUGACAUCCACACACUCUAUUCUGGAAAGACAGUGGAAAUCAAUAACACUGAUGCAGAGGGCAGGCUGGUGCUGGCUGACGGAGUGGUGUACGCCUCCAAAGACUUGUCUGCUGAUAUUAUUUUGGAUAUGGCAACACUGACAGGGGCACAGGGGAUCUCCACAGGGAAGUACCACGCUGCCGUGAUGACCAACAGUGAGCAGUGGGAGGUGGCUUGUGUGCGUGCCGGUCGCAGCAGCGGUGACCUCGCUCACCCUCUGGUUUACUGUCCCGAGCUGCACUUCAGCGAGUUCACCUCCGCCAUGGCGGACAUGAAGAACUCUGUGGCUGACCGGGAGAACGCUCAGAGCUCCUGUGCAGGCCUCUUUAUUGGUUCCCACCUGGGCUUUGAUUGGCCCGGUGUCUGGGUCCAUGUAGACAUCGCCUCUCCAGUUCAUGCAGGGGAGCGUGCCACAGGAUUUGGUGUUGCCUUGCUCAUGGCCCUGUUUGGUCAGGCCUCAGAUGACUCCUUGCUGAACCAGGUGUCUCCUCUGGGUGCGUCGACCAGUCAGGCCGAGGACCAAAUGGAGCGGGACUGCAAGAGACGAAGGCUGGUGUAGAGCUCAGAAUGGUUCCCUCCACCACCACGCUCCCUAACUAUUGAUGCUUUUUUUAAAAUUUUUUUAAUUUAACAGGAAAAGAUUAUUAAAAAUCAAGCCUGACUCA